UGCUUGGAGAAUAGCGACCAUGGUGUACACAUAGGCCUCUCCGAUCGAACGCGGCGCCCCAAAGUAGGCUAGAAAACAUCAAGCAUUUAUACAUAAAGUCCAAUGUUCAACAACACGUCACAAAGUCAUGUGAAACAUUCAUGACUCAACAACAUGGCGAAAGUUAUCGCUGUUUUCGGAGCGACUGGAUUACAGGGAGGCGGGGUGGCCAAUGCCCUUCUGGAGGACUCUGACUUCAAAGUCCGAGUGGUGACGAGGAGCGCCUCCAGCGACAAGGCUAAGGCACUGCAGGAGAGAGGUGCUGAGGUCGUUGAGGCCAGUUUUGACGAUCCUGGCUCACUGGAGCGGGCACUGCAGGGCGCCCACGGAACGUUCGUGAUGACCCAGUAUGCCAUUGAACGCCCAGAUUUCUACCAACUGGAGAUUAAGCAGGGUAAGGCUGUGGCGGAUGCGGCAAAAGCAGCCGGUGUGCAACACGUGGUGUUCAGCAGCCUGGAUGCCGUCCAGAAGACCAUGGGGUUCCCCUGUCUGCUCUACGACUCGAAGGCACACGUCGAGGAGUACAUGAAGUCUAUCGGCCUGCCGGUCACCAUUGUGAAGUACCCCCUCUACUACGAGAGCUACCUUUCACUCCGCCUUGUGAAGAAACUGAAAGAUGAGACCUAUAAAAUAGGUUACGCCAUAGAAGGCGCUGCAAUACACGGUGUCAGCGUUACUGACAUGGGAUUUGCCCUCAGAGAGAUCUUCAAGAACAAGGACGAGUGGCUGGGCCGGACUGUCGGCUUCAGCGGAGACAAACUCACCAUCCAGCAACACGCGGACAUUCUCUCCAAGCACCUGGCACCGAACCUUUUCAAACCGACCAAGAUGACGGUGGACGAGUUCAGCAACCUGCCGUUCCAAGGAGCGAAGCACUUCGGCGACAUGUUCAAGUUUUGGCGCCUGGGUAACCCCGACCAUGACGCUGAGCUGACCCGCCAGCUGUACCCGGGCACCAGGAGCUUCGACCAGUGGGUGCAGGACAACAAGGGGGCGCUGUUGAGCGCUAUGGCAAACAAAAUGUAGAAAUAUACAUGUAGUAUGUGUACUGUAGUCACAUGCAUGUUUGGAAGAAAAUAAUUCUCAGUAACGUUCAGUGAAUAUGGUAAAUUUACUGCUUAUUGCAACAGUACCGCUGUCUGAAAAAUUACGUCAUUCUAUAUAGGUGAUGAGAAAUGAAUAUGAACUGACAAGUUUGGGGACUUAUGAAAACUUUAUGUUUCAAAAAAUAUUCUUUAACAUUGGACAAAACUCUGUACCGAUACUCAUAUCCGCUGCAAAGUAACAAUGAUAUUAUGAUAGAUCAUUUACUUUAAUAGUUGUUGGUUUGGGCCACAAUUACAAUGUAUUAGAUUUCGUUGUCUCACAUAACCAAUUGUGGAAGUUUAUUUGCUUUUGAAUAAAGAUGAUGCCUUGGGAUGAAA